AUGGCAAAAGCCAAGGCUAAACAACCGCAGGCUGCAGUCCAGGUGCGCAAGUCUGCUCUCAAAAAGCCAGGGGGUGAACCAAAGCCAGAGAAGCGGGUAAAGAUUGAUCCUGCAAUCAAGAUCAUGAAAGGAUCAGAAAAGAAAGGCACAAAGAGCAACGAUGGUCACAAGGAUGACAAGAAAAGAAAGGCAGACAAGAUCAAGGCUGAUGUUCUGAAGGUUGCGGAAGAAGCGAACCGCCAGAAAGCGAAGACUGCCAAAGGUUCCAAGAAGGUGUCUGAUGGCAAUACCAAGACAGAGGACAAGAAGAAGGCAAAGGAAAAGGCCAUGGCAGAAGAGCAGCAGACCAAACACAAGGAUCCCCAGGAGCCACAGGAGACAAAGGAGAAGAAGCCCAAGAAGGAAGAAGCGAAGAAGGAGGUCUCCAAGAGCACCAAGGAGGAGAAGAUGGCCCACAAGAAGAAGGACUCUGAUAAGAAGACCAAGACAAAGCAGGAUGAGACUGCGAAGACCAAAGAGGCAAAGAAGGAGAAGAAGACUGAGGAGAAGAACAAGGAUGGCAGCAAGAAACAAAAGAAGGAUGAUGGGGAGCAGAAGGAAAGGUUGAAAAGGUUACAGGAAGCUGCCUUGCGAUGCAGCGUGCCUGCCCCAUCAACACCGCCCAGGAAGCGGCACCGAAUGAAGUCGCCAGCAAGCAGCCUGGGCACUGUUCAGACUGAUGCAAGUUCUGAGCAUUACGCAGAGAAGCAGGCCAAGGCUAUGGAAGCCCUUGGUGACAAGUUGGAAGAUGCUGCUCUACUUGCUAGUGUCAGGGCUGAGUUGGAUGCAACUGACAUGCUGGGCCUGCUUGAUGACCUCAAAGACCAUGCAAAAGCACCGUCCACAUCGGAGAGCAAGCAGUUGGCAAAGCUCGGCGAGGUUGGGGAGGCUGAGAACAAGCUUCGCAAGAGGGCAGCAAAGCAGCUUGAGCAGGAAAGUGAGGAGGAGGGUGAGGGUGAAGAAAAAGAGAAGGACGCCUCUGAUGAAGAGAGCCAGGAUGGUAGCGAAGCUUCAGAAGAAGACGAAGAAGUCGAAGCAGAAGCUGAUGAGCAAGAUGACAAAAAAGAUGAAGAUGAAGAAGAUGGUAGCGACAAGGAUGAAAACGCAGAAGACUCGGAGGAGGAUGAGGCCAGCGAUGCUGAAACGGAAGGUACAACGCACAAGAAGGAAUGGGGCCGCUUUGAUCGACAAACCAAGGGAGGUGCGUUCCCUACUGCGCUCAUGCCUUUCCUGCGAAAGAAGAAGGCUGACCUUUUUGGCCUUUGGUUGGACCAUGAAGGUGAUUGGGACAAAGUUGUGGUCGAAGUGGAUCGUUUGCAAUCCACUACCAAUUUGAACCGGAAGCAGUGGACGGCCAUCCAGGCCAAAGACCUACAAAAGUCCAUGCCUGAGGACCGCUUCAAGGAACUCAUCAAGAAGCGACAGGAGCAGGGGCUGUAUUACGCUGAUGAGGAUUGGCCGGAAGAUCCCCAGGACUGUGGUUGA